AUGCCGCCGGCGCCGCUAGAAUCGCGGCUUUCAGCUAAUAUCUUCCUGCACGUUCCGCCGCUGCCGCCGCGACAGUCGUUACUAAGGUCGACAUCGACGGGGAAGAAGGAGGAGGCAGAGGAGAGGGAGAGAGAUAGGGAGAAGGGAAAAAAGAAAUCGAGGCGGACGCUCGUCUUCUUCAUUCCUGGUAAUCCCGGCUUGGUUGGGUAUUAUCAUCCAUUUCUGGCGCUUGUUGCUCGCGGGCUGCGCGGGGCUGAGCCUGAGAGUGGGCAUCAGGAUGGAGACGGAAAUCAGGAUGGCGAGAGGGGUGAGAGGAGGGCGGCGGCGGUGGUGGUCGCGGGUAUGAGUUUGGGUGGGUUUGAUGUCGACGAGGAAUCACCUCGGAGUAGGAAUAACGACGACGGCGACAACAACAACGACAACAACAAAAGAAAGAACGGCGAGGAGGAGCAGGAGGAGGAAGGAGCUGGUGAUGAUUAUGAAUGGAACGAGGAUGAUGGUCGGGAGGAGGAGGGGACCGUGAUCUCAACAUCUCUUGGGUGUCAGUGUUCAAUGCUCGCGGAGGACAGAGAACUGCUCCACCCGCCCUCGUUCCGCUUUCGAUCUCGCCAUGGCCAGCGGCACGAAGAUCGUGGGAACGCAGACAGGAAAGACAACGGGAGGACAGUGGGGGAACAACGCAAGAUCUACCCGUUGCGCGAACAGAUCGAACUCAGUUACGCCAGGGUGGAAUACCUGGUUCAGAGAAUGCAAGAGGAGAGAAGCUUGGUUGGAAACAUCUCUGAGCAAGAAGAGCCCGUCGAAGUCGUCCUGAUGGGCCAUAGCGUCGGGGCGUACAUCGCUUUAGAGCUCGUGAGGCUGUGGCACGAAAGGCACCAUCAUCAGCAGCAGCAGCAGUCGCCGCCACCGCCGCCGCCGCUCGGUCCUUCGCGCAGCGCCGAUUUCGAUGGGAAGGACGACGACGACGACAACAACACAUCCAGCUCGAUCUUGGACUUGCCACAGACCAGGAACGGACCUCUAUCAAGCCCGAGCUGGUCAAUAUCAACAUGCAUCCUCCUUACUCCGACAAUCCAAGACAUCCACCUCUCCCCCUCCGGCCGAAUAGCCACUCCUCCUCUACGCUACCUCCCUUUCCUCCCGAGCCUAGCACACAUGCUUCUCCACGCAAUUCUCUUGAGACUCCUCCCUUUGGCGUGGUUUUCCUGGCUCGUCUCUGGCGCGACCGGGAUGGAAAAGGGGAGUCAUGGCUUUGAGACCACGAUGGCCUUUUUGAGGAGUAAGAGAGGCGUCAAACAGGCCCUGUUCAUGGCGAGAGGGGAGAUGAAUGAGAUCAGGAGGGACAAGUGGGGAGAGGAGGUUUGGGGCGCGAGUCACAGUGGCGCAUGGACCGCUAAGGAUGGCCAUGGGAGCAGCGCGAAGAGUCCCAGGCUGUUUUUCUGGUUUGCGAAGAAAGACCAUUGGAUUGCCGACGUUACAAAGGAAGCAAUUUUCGAAAGCCGAGCUGCCGAUGUUGGUGUUCAGAGAGAGCAUGUUACAGGGCCUCAGUCGAGUUCAGAGUUUGUGGAGACUGAGGAGGUGGAAUUCACGGGACAAGAUAAGGACAGCAAGAAGAUGACAGGAGCAGCGACAAUGCGAAUCCUGGAAACAGAAGCGAUGGUCCAUGCAUGGUGUUUGAAUCAGAGCGAAUAUGUGGCAAGACGAGUGAGCGGCUGGCUUAUGGAACUCCUGGAUCAAGACAAUAGGCUGCUCUGA